AUGACGCGAGGGGGAGGGAAAGUUAGUCUGCCCGCGGGGCGCCCGCGCUCCGGCUCCGGGGGCACCCGGCUCGCCCGGGGCCUCGCCGCUCCACGCAGCGCCCGGCCCCCCUCUCCAGGCGCUCGGUUCUUCCCGCCCCCGAACAGCCGAGGCGCGCCCUCGCUGCCCCAGCCUCCGGCCCGGCGUCCCUCAGAGCAGGUCCUCCGCCGAGGGGCUGAGCCCGGGCGUCCCGACCCCAGGCCGACGACGGGCAGGGAGGGGGCGCCGGGAGAGGGCACCGGAGGGCACAGCCGCGACAGUUAUGGCGCUCAAUUCCUGCCCGAGCAGCGCCCGGAGCGGCAGCCGAGCGCCGGCGUCCGCCCCCCACCCCCACCCCCACCCCCAGCGCUGCCGGCCGGCGAGGGGCGGCCGAGCGCUUCACCUCAGCCCACCGGCGCGCUCGGCCCGGAGGCGCCGGGGACGCUGAGGCGACCGCGACGCGGAGUCGGGGCGACCCCGAGCGCGGCGAGGCUGGGCCGGGACCCACGGCGCUCCGCGUCGCCCGCUUCGACUCCCGGAGGCCGCCGCUCCCGCUGCCCACCCGGCGCGCCAUCCCUCAGCCCGCUCACGCCGCGUCCGACCUCGGCGGCGCCUACCUUGGCGCCGCGGUUCCUUCCCGGCUCCUCGCUCGGGCCCGGCAAUGUGCCGGGCGAGUCCGGUAGGAGUGGUCACCGCCCCCCUCGCCGCUCGCUUUCUUCUCUCCGCUCCCUCACACCUGCCCCCUAA